AGUGUUCUUGUCUCAGAAACCCGGGGCUGUCAGAGGAGGAGUCUGCGGAGCUGCGGCUCUUCUAAAGAAACUCAACUAUGCUGCUUUAGCCAUUAAAACAAGACAAAAUCGAGCUUUGACUCCACACGGAUCCACUGAACCACUCAGGGCUGGCGUUUCAGGAUCGUACACUUGGAAAUGUGUCCUUAAAUUGUCGCUUGCUGGCUACUUGUUAGCUUCCGGGUUAGCUUCGAGUCUGGACCAUCUUCUUUAGAUUCCACUUUCCGACUCACAAUUUGAACCUUUUACCAUCCAAAAUCAACACUGUCUGCAGGAUUCAGUCAAGCCGGACAGAUAGAGAUGGAGUCGGUGAGUUUUUUCGGUACCACCAGUCCCGUUAACACAGGUCUGAAAAGUAGGCCCGACAACAUCCCCGGGCUUUCCUCGCUCUCUCUACCCGGGAUGAGUGCGAAGAAUGGCCACUGCAAGAACCUUUUCUCCCCUGGACCCGCGACGGUGCUGUCUCCUGUUACCAAUUUGGCUCUGGACAUGGACAACUUAGUAGGACUUGGAAGGUAAUUGAAUAACAUUGUAGUUAAUAUUUUGUUAAUUAAUACAAACAUAUUUUACACACUUUGUUUUUUUAUUUAUGCAAACAACAGACAUGUUACAUCUUCAAAAUCUGGGUCCUGAUUUCAUGUUUAUUUCUCCUCCUAAACAGCCAAUGUGAUACCCCAAAAAGAAGAACUCAUCCACCCCUGGAGAAGGUUCCCUCCUUUGCUUCUGAUGUCUCAUCUGAUGCUGGUAAGACUCUCAUAUUGACCCUAUGACUGAGCUGAUUGAUUAAUUGAUUCACAGAAAGCUCUCAAACAGCCCCACUGUCUUUAAGACAUUUAGAUAUGUUUUGAAUAAUGUUAUCUAGUGUAAUUCCAAAAUAAAACAUAGAAGUCUAUAACUUUUGCAAGUAAAGCAUAUAAAAAUAACACUGUGCAGAAAUUUGCAAGAUUGGUGCAAAAAUCAUGCAAAAUAAAACCCCGAAAAAAAGUGUAACGCAAACCUACCCGUAGUAUUUCCAAUCAAAACAGUUUCAUGAUAGUGGGAUAAGUCUUGAAGGGUUAUUCAGACUUAAAUGUAGUUGGUGUCAGGGUGCAGCCUAGUGUCAAUUGAUCAAACUGACCAGUCUAUGGUAAGAAAAAAAAUCUAAUAUCAAAGUCAGCUCUGGUUGAAUGAGAGAAAUCCACCUGUUAUUGCACUAAUCCUCUGGUAUGUUCAGUGUCUGCUGUACCACCUAAUACUUUUAUUGAUCCGUGACGAUUAUCUCUCCCCCCUCAGGCCUCGGCAUGGAUCUCCCCAGCCCCAUGGACGCUGUUGAAAUGGAGGACACGUAAGUCUGACUGUCUUUCUCAUGUCUGUUCUAAUCAAUCAGCCCGGGAGUGGUGCCCCCUCUGCUUACCCCCACCACCACCACCUCCUCCCUCACCCAGCGCUUGGGCUCAGCUGAGGCCAGCAGAAUCUCAUCUGAAGAAAGGAUUAUAGCUCCUACCGUUGGCUUUAAGAUAACGGCUCCACUCUUGAUGAUAUGGCUUAACUUUCUUUAAGUUAUGAAGUAAAAAAAAGACCCUGAACCAGCCCAGAGUGACUGACUAUCAGGCCUGGAUGUUUGGCCGCUUUGUUAUCUCAACCAGUUUGUCGGCCGGCUAAUCUUGGGUGGCCCUUUUUUCUUAAUUCACAGCUGUGAGUUUCUGCAGACAUCUGCCGCUGUCUGAUGUGUGAGUUCCUCUACAGACCUCAUUCACCUCUUUACAGCUGCUCGGUUGCUAGGAGUUUCCUCAGUUGGGGGAGGACAUGCCCUGCGCUGGGGUUUAAUGAUAGCCCACCCCCUCUGGGUUCUGGCACACUCUUCCUAUGCUCUGUUAUUUCAAUAGGAAAAAGGGGGCAGGAGGUUUUUUCUGCGUCAGGGCCAUUGAAAUGAGGACAAUCGACCCCCCCCUACCUAGUGGUCUACAUUGAGUGGGACACGCUCUCUCCUCCUCAGACAAAGGACUCUCGCAGAAAAGGGGUCGGCGGCGUUGGCUCCAGCAGGCAUAUGGUAGAUUAGCUGAUCGCUGCAUCCCUUCUCCUGCCCUCCCCCCCCUCCUUGAGCCGCACACUGAGCUCUCAACUUCAUUUAGCAUACAGGUGGGCAUCACUCCAUUGCAUUGACCACCUCUCGCCUCUGUGCAUUCACCCGACUUCCUCCAGCCCAACCGUUCCUCUCGCUUUCUCUGCAGAGCUGCCGAGUCUUUGUCUUUGUACUUAAUGUGCACAAGGCGCUCUUGGACCGGCGUUGGAGGCUUUCCAGAGGCUUUCAUCGAAUCUCGGCUAUUAAUUUACUCGCUUUUGAACCGAACACAAUGAAAUUGCUCUGACUGUCAGUGGGGUUUUAUUUGAAACAGAUCACAAGACAAGCUUCAUAAUGAAACUUCUUCUUAUUUCAGCCAAAUUUGAACAGUGUGUCGUGUUUUCUGUUACAGAUUUGAACGAGCCAUUAAACAGUCGAGCAGAGUUUUCAACGAGUAAGUCCUCGAAUCAAUAACCUGAAAUCAUUAAACUGUGUUUGGCUGUUAUUGCUGCUCCCUUAUUGAGUCUGUAUUACCCUCUCUCUGUAGCUAUAGAUCUCUACAUUUCAUUUGUAUUGAUUCCAGCUUCUUUGUCUCCCUUCUUUCAACUGUAGGAGGGCGCCAAUCCGAAGAAUCAACUCAUUACCGGUAAGAAGAAACAGCCACAUGUUUAGUUUACUGGUUUUAUUAUUUCUGGUUAAAAAAUAUCCCUCAGUGAAAAGAGAAAACAAGACGCUUAUUUAUCCAUUUUUAACUCUUUGGCAGGUUCAGCUCUUGAGCUUCAGUCCAUCUAUGAAAGGACAGGAAACAGAUUCCCACCGCUAUGGGAUAUUCGGCCAACAACCCGCUCAAAUCCCGACCUUCACCGGCUCUCAGCGUGAAAACAAAGAGAACGUGCCAGAGGUGAGUCGAGCAGCUCUGCGUCGAACAAGACAUUUUACCUAAAGAAGUAGCUAAACGGUUGCCAUGGCAAAGGCAUCGCAUCAUUUUGCUUUAAAAAAAACACUUUUAGUCUUUGGUUCCACACAGCUGCACAGCAAAGUUUUCAUGACUCCAUAAAAGUUUUGCUGACUCACUCUGCGUGUUUUUUCCAGGAGGGUUUUGAAUUCAAGAAACCGACCAAGCCUCCCUCACGCUGCCGCAACCGCUCCUUCAACGGCGGGCAGUCGAAGGACGCGUUUGCCCGCCGCCCCAGCUCAGCGCCCGCCCUCAUGGUACGUGUAAACGGACGCAGAAUACAAACUUCAAAAUGCUGACAUGGUUUUUAAGGGACGCUAACACGCAGAAUCUUUUCGUUUUCAGUUUUCCUCGCCUCCGCCGAACCAGCACCUCGACCUCGAGGACUCCAGCCCCAUGUUCCUGCGCCGCUCCUCACUCACGUCGUCGAUGAACGACGAUGAUGAUGAUGACGGCUUUCUGGAGGUGCUGGACGACAACAUGGAGGUGAGGCCCUAUCCCAAUCAUGUCAAAGCUGAUUAAACUUAUCCAGUAUUGCGCUGCCGUCUUCAUAUAUUUGACGAACGAUGUCUUCGCAGAACGACUGCGGGAUGCCGAUGGGGAUGGCCAGCUUGCUCCACGCUCCGCUGGUGUCUGACAGCGCAGGAGAGGAAUCUGUAAGUCAAGAUUUAGAGGCUGAAAUGUUUUAAAUUUUAAGAUUAUAUAAAUAAGAUUAUAUAUAUAUAUAUAUAAAACUCAAAAACUGUUUGUAAAGAGUCUCGUGAUUUUUUCCCCCCUUCAGCCUGUGAUCCGCUGUCGGCCGCGCAACCUCUUCCGCUCCCCCUCCAUGCCCAGCCCUAGCCCUGUUUCCCGUCCCUCUGCGAAGCGUCCAGACUGCCCGAGAGAUGACAACACGCCGAUCAGAGUAAAGAGACGGCGCAGCCUCGCAGGGACGCAGGUCACCACCCUGGAACAGAACCCAGAAUCUCCGAGAACGGUGAGACCUCCUUAAGAAGAGUUUUAGAACUUGGCGUGCGCGUGUGAUUACCUUUCAAACGAAAACGAAGAAACCGAUCGUUGACAGAUCACAAACAACUGAAUCCUCCCUCAGCUGUCCUGAAAGUCCUUCUUUCUUCUUCCUCCAGAGCUCAGUGCUGCAGAGGUCCAAGUCUUUCUGCCAGACGGAGAUCGAGAAGCUGCUGGACGGCGAGGACGGCUCCAGUGAGCUAAUAGGAGAUUUCACAAAGGUAAAAAAAAGACUCCGACAUCUCCUCCAAUCACUGCUUUGUUCGUGAAAUUACGAUCUAAUCAACCGUCUUUCUGUGUCUUUUUGUAGCCGUUUGUGUUACCGACAGUAGAUGGCAAACAUCAAGACCUCAAGUAUAUCAACCCAGACGUGGUGAGUAGUUAAAGUUUUCGAAUUAUCAUGAGUUUAGGCUAAAAACAGCUGCUGGGUUUUCCCAAUUUUAUCUGGAAGUGACGAGCAGGAAAUAACUUUUUAAGAGAUUUUUGCAGAAGUUUCUAUUUUAUCUUAUCGGAGUAUUAAACAGUGUUUGUUUGUGGUCCACAGAUGGUGGCGGCUCUGUCUGGUCAGUUUAACCAGCUGGUGGAAAGAGUCCUCGUCCUCGACUGUCGCUACCCUUACGAGUUCGAAGGAGGACACAUAAAGGUAAGAAUCGCUUAAUAUAAAUGUUUCCUACUGAAACUACUCGACCCGACCCGGUUUCUUAUUUGAAAUGACGUUGUGGUGUUUUUCCGUCUCCUCAGGGUGCUCUGAACCUCCACCAGGAGGACCAGGUGGAGGACUUCCUCCUCAAAACGCCCAUCAUCCCGUCCUGCCCGGACAAACGCGUCGUCAUCAUCUUCCACUGCGAGUUCUCGUCGGAGCGCGGCCCCAGGAUGUGCCGCUUCGUCCGUGAGCGAGACCGCGCCAUGAACGACUAUCCCAAACUCCACUACCCCGAGCUCUACAUCCUCAAAGGCGGAUACAAAGACUUCUUCCCUCAUUUCCAGGUCGGUUUGAUGUUGAAUCCGUUGAAUCAGACUUCACUCUUGCAGCUCUUCUGUAUUCUGAAUUCAUCUCCUCUUUUCUCUACAGUCACAAUGUGAACCUCAGUCCUACCGGCCCAUGCACCACGAGGACUUCAAGGAGGACCUGAGGAAGUUCCGCCUAAAGAGCCGCACCUGGGCCGGCGAGCGCAGCAAGAGAGACAUGUACAGCCGACUGAAGAAGCUGUGAGCGCCUCGUUCUUCUCCUCUAAACACACCACACCUCCUCCUCCUCCUCCUCGCCCUCCCCUGCCAGGGAAUACCUUUGGGAUUUUACAGCCUCAGAGUCUCAGAGUUCGUUAUUUAUGCAAAUUCUAAAGAGGAGAAGCCGUGAAAUGGAAGCUUGAAGACGCCGAGGUGGAGUGAGCAGAUUUUUGACGUUACACGAGUUUUUAAACCACUCUGACUUUUACUGCCUGUUUUUACCGUCUUUUUUUUAUUAUGAUGGUGUUUUCAGAACGCAUCACUGCCACACCGCAAUAAUACAAACUGAAGCACACUGCCAAGUCUGCCAGAUUCAUGUCUUUUGUCUUUUUUUUAUUUGCUUUUUUAUUUCCCGUCUUAUUUAAGCACUUAAUUUAAAAACCUUUAAAUUGGUGAGGUGCUUUUUUUUGAUACUGCUUUUAUAAUAAUUUUUAAAAAGUUGUCUUUUCAUCAAUUUGUCAUGAUCCCCCUCAAAAUGCGCCCCUGUGGACGUCGCAGGGCGCUGAUUGGAAGUCUUAAAGCGCAAAAUAAAUGUGUUUUUUUUCCGUUGCUUUCUGAUCGGUUGCAGUACUUGGUAGGUUUUUUUUUUCUGAGUCAGAAGAUACCAAAGCAAACCAGCUACCUGUAAACUUUGCAGUGAGAUUUUUUUUCCUGAUGCUGCAGGUCAGCAAGUGUGAAGAGAAUUAUUUUUGGAUUUAAGGAUUUAAUUCCUUUCCUCUGUUUUUGCUUUUGACUCCUUCAUUUUGAGGGUAAAUGUCUCUUCCCUCUGCAGAGUGACGUCGGUUUGCAGUGACUGGGGUGUUUUUAAUAUUGUGGUUUGGGCUCGUGGGGGAGCUGUUGAAAUAAAGAGCCAGUGUGUGUUUACGUGUUGAUGCACAGUAUCUUUAUUUUUGUUUCAUGGUUUGUUACGUGGAUGUGUGAAAAAGCUUCAAACGAAAGAGAAAAGAUGCCGAAGAUUCCUGCAGAUGAUAAAAAAUAGGGAUAUCCCGAUACGAUAUUGAUAUCAGAUAUCAGUCUGAUAUCAGCAAGAAAUCUAUUAUUGGAUUAUAUCGGCCUGCAUCUAAAAUCGCCAAUCC